ACUUUUAUUAAAGACCUCAGAGGUUCUUCGCACUAUAUAAGAGAAUGUGAUUGGAAAAACCAGAUCAGUCAGUGAAAGACUUAAGAUGGUAAAGUUCGGAGUUCUUGUGCUUCUUUCAGCAAUUGCCAUCGGGCAAGGAGAAACUACGAUCGAAAGUCAGUGUCAAGUGUGUCAAGAAGAGAAUAAUGUGUAUUGUGAAUCAGAAAGCACUUUUUUACGUAUGCGCGGUGCCAUGAAACUCGGACCCUUGAGCUGUGAAGCUGAUGAGGUUUGCAGCAAUUCCGGAAAUUUGUGUAAAAAAAAAACUGAAAUCACAAAUGAAGUGCUAAACGUGUGCGGUGCCAACUGUCAGAGUUGUUCUGCGGAUCGAAAAUACACUUGUGUGUCCCGGAAUCAGGCUGCACUUUGUCUUAAUGGACAAGCAUCUUCUACUAUAAUCAUUGAUUGUGGUGAAGAUGAAGUUUGUGUGGAUGAUGACGAUGGUAAAGCAUUCCUUUGUGUUCCUAGCUGUGUUGCCGACUAUCAAAAACUUAGUGUUCCUUGCAGCAGUGCUGCUUUCACGACACCAACUCCAGCACCGCCAACAACGCCCAGCGGUGAUAAUCAGAAGAGCAUUUGCCAAGCGGCAGCAGUUAACAAGAAGACACUUUACUUCUUUACCUAUGCCGACAGCAGUUGCAGAACAUAUGUCUACUGCGAAAGGAGCAGCUCGACUAGCACAGAUUUUACAACAACUUUGAGCGGAAGUUGUUCUUCUCCGAAUCCUUAUUUCAACACUGUCAGCGGCAAAUGUCAAGCAAGUGUUCCAGACAACUGUGAAAGCGAAGCGCCCUCAACAUAAUAAAGUUGUUAAAACUUGCAUAUUCUUCAAUGUAUAAAAGUUGAAAGAGAAGUUAAGAAGUUAAGUUGGUGUUCUGUAUAGCACAAUUUGUAUUCCGGAAUUAUACCAAUAAAAGUGAUGAACAUUCAUGUGAGCGUGUAAACUAAUUAAUUUAAUGUCAGCCCUGUUGUCUUUUCCCAUUUUUAUACCCGCUACCCAUGGGGUAGAAGGGUAUUAUAACUUUGUGCCGGCAGGAAAUGUAU